AUGGCUUGUCCGGGCUCCUGGACGGAGGCGAUGCCGUGGCUGGCCGCCGUCACGCUGUUCCUCGCCGCCCUGGUGACGGUAAGCCGGCACUUGGUGCAGUGUGCCUGCGGGCCGUCAGCCGACUCGUUGCAGCCAAUCCGGAAGGACGAUUGGGGUUUCCUGCUGAAAUGGGUCCUGUCCCUCCACAGCUGGCGGAGCCAGUGGCGAGCGGCGUGGCUGACAGCUCUGAACGAGGAAGCGAGGCAGAGCGGGGGACCACCAUUUCUUACAUUUGAGGAGGAGCAGCUUCAACAGCCCUUCGAACUCGCAGUUCACCCAGUUGUGAAUGCUGUCAAGUCUGUCCAGGAGGCAGUAUCAUGGAAUGUCGGAGGAGACUCAAUUUCAUUUGUUGUUCAUGUGCUUUCAGCCUCAUGUGGCGCUUCACAAGGCCGGUCAUAUGAUGUCCGACUAUCUCCAUUUCACUUACAGCUGGAACUUCAUAUGAAAGAGAAAAGAGAAGAUAUAUUGAUAAAGUGGUCUUUCCUUAAUGUGUCGGAGAUGAAUAUAAAAAUCCAACCUAAAGCAAGACAGGAGGGUCCGAUCAUCGGGGCCCUCGGACUGUGCCGAACCCUCGAAGAGACUCUGAAACGUUUAUUUAGCUCCGUCUCCCCGUCGGUCCUGUUGAGCACAAAGACCCUGGACGUACGGAAUGCCCAGGAUAUGCUGUAUACCUCCACCAUCCCUCAGGACCUCUGCCCUCCUAAACCCCCACGGGCCCACAAGUUAAAACUGUUGGUGAAGAAUAUCCGAGCAACCCUGCUGAAGAAUGCCGGUGCUUCAGGUAGCCUGAGCUGUGUGCUUGUGGCUCAGUUAAACGACCCUUUCCAGACGUUCUUCGGCCCCGUAACCGAGAGUACCACCGACUUGGCUUGGAGCGAGGAGCUCCCCUUUGAAUUGAAUGCCAGAUCCAAAGAGUUACGAAUGCAUGUUUCAGAAGAUGGGAAUUCGAAAGAGAGUCUGUUCUUUGCUUUGGCAACUGUUCCUGUAGACGUAUUCAAGAGAAAGCCUUCGGGACCCCAAAGCUUCGUUCUGAGCAGCGGGCCCCACGACGAUGCCACCGUGUUGGGGUCUGUCACGGCAGAGUUCUUUUAUUUAGAACCAAGUGAAUCAGAAUCAUGGAAAAUCCCUCCUCUUGUUCCUGCUGCAAAGAUAAAUAAAGACCCAACUGUGAUGCCCUGUGGGACUACGAAUGGUACCCUGAUAACCACUCCUGUAACUGCUAUGAAAAGAAAUCCUGAACUGGAUGCAGGUCCAUCUCCUGAACUGAAUUCUGGGCUGUCGGGCUCGAGGGAUUCGCAUCCCGUUGCUGCGGCCGCCAUUCAACAGCUGAGUCGGUCUUCCAAGCUGAAGCUCAAGCCGCCAGGAAGGAAGAGGGCGCCCGUCCCAGAAGGGGUGUCCAAGAUUUCCUUAUGUCAAGACAGAGAAGCUCCACUGAUGAUAGACAAUGCAACCUCCAUGGACAACACAUAUCAACCAGAAUUUUCUUCAUAUUAUGAAGAUGGUAUAUCUCCUGAGCUUGUUGAUGAAAAUAUGUCAAAACGUGUUUUGCCUGUCUUAGAACCACAAGAAAAUGAACUUGAUAUUUGGGAACUGAAGAAGGAUGCCAAAUCUGAAGAGUGGAGCAAUGAUGCUCAGAUAGACCAAGAUAGUGAAAAUAUGUCAAGGAGUUCAUCAGCAGCUUUGAGAAAAGUUAAAGGUGGAAUCUUAAGACAUCGUCAGAAAGUUCCUGGGAUGAGCUGGUCACACAGUGACCUUGUACUCCUACAACAGCCGGAUGAAAAUCGUAGAAAAUCAGCAACAAUCACAAGAAUUGUGAAUAAGAAUCUACUUUCCACACAUAGGAGCAAGAGUGAAUUGAACGCCUUCUCCGUGGAUCCCUCUAUAUAAAACUCUGGGUUAAUUUCUUAUAUGACAUCCCUAUUGACUGAUCAGCUGUGUAUGGAGCAACAUUAGAACAUAUGAACAUGGAUAACCAACUGUACACUUUGAAAAGUGCUAUUUGCUGGAGCAGUGAACUUCAUGACAUUUUGUUUAGAAGGCUUAAUGUUUGUUUUUUUAGACUGUUGUUAAAACAGGCCCAGGAGGCAGGAAGAAAAAAAAAUGGCAUUUUUUGGGAAAUAAAAUUAAAACUACAAUGAGGAUGUCAAACGAAACUCAACAAUAUACAAGAAUAUUUCCUUCUGAUAAGCUUUACAGUUAUUUAACAGGCACAUGUUAUGCUAAAUAUUUUCUACGUUUAUUUUGAGCAUACUUAUCAAUAUCAAAUAUUUUUUAAAAUUUGUGUUUACAUUUUCCUCAACUAUGCCAAAAGUUAAUAUUGCCAUUUGCAGUGGUUAAUUAAUGAUUUCCAGAAUGUUGGCUAAGAAAACUUCAAAAGGGAAAAUAGGAGCCAUAAAUAAUAUUCAUUUCGUCAUGUCUAAUAUGAAAAAGGGGAGGGGAUUUAAUAGGCUGCCAAAGAAGGAAUGAACCACAAAUAGAAAUAAAAUGGGUCAAAACUUGUUUACUCAUUAGUGGUGGCAUCAAGUCAAUUCAGUAGCAUCUACAUUUCAGUUUGCCCCAUUAUUUCUAUUUGACUUCAGCUUUUACCCUAGUCAUUUUGUAUGCAUUUAUAAAGAAAUGUAUUGUUAUCUCUCUUAAUUUAUUAUUUUCCUUGGUGGUUGUAUUUGUUUACUCUUCUUGCAUUUCUGUUGUUUGGGACAUUCAUUCAAGAGCAGAGACCAGUUUAUUUAGGUUUGGUUUUCUUUCUAAGAAGGCUUUGAAUGCCUUUUUAAAAAAUUGAAUAUCUGACAUUUUUCAUGAGUGGUUAGGCUCAGAUUUCCAAGGUAAAUCCUUUUGGAUUGCAUCUUGAGUUCCUUUCUUCCAUUAUCUCCUCUGAUUUCUGGAGGGUUCAGAAUAACCUCAGGUUGUUUGAAUUUCCUUUCUUUUUAUCUGUAAUGUCUUUCUCCUGUUUGGUUAUACAAUUUGUUGUUUCAGUGGAAUUUGACAUUUAACCAUUAUGUGUCUUGGAGUUGGCAGCUUAGGUGUUCUUCCUUUCUGGGUUUGUUUUCAUUUUUGUUUUUGUUUUUUGAGGCAAUAUAGUGAUUCUUUUAAUUGUUGGUUUUUUCCUCAGAAAAGUUCAGAAGUUACAGGCAAUUUUCUUACGUUGUAGUUUUUGAGUUUUUUGACUUGUCAUAUUCAUAUAGGAGUCUUUAAUUUGUCUUUAAGAUCAAUAUGCUUUGCUCAUAUGGAAAUUAUGCUUUCUUUUCAUGUUAUUGUUAUGUUUCUCUUCUUCUAGAUUGUCUUUUACUUCUGUGUAUUUCUGUUCCCAUUCAGUAGUUCUCUUUUGUUUCUUUGGUAAGACUAGCCACCAGGGAGUCAAUUUUUUUUUAUUCUGUCAAUUCAGCUAUGCAAGCCAUGAAUUCUGCUAGUCUUUGAUUUUUGUUCCUCUUGAGAGCUUUGAUGAUUUUAACUUCAUUUCCCCUUGCUACUCACUCCCUUCCUUUUUGCUUCUGCUUUCAUAUUGCCAUCUCAAUAGGCAAUUUUUGGUUCACCAGCUUUGAUCUCUGCCCCAGUAAUCCCUGGGGGACAGAACUCAGCUGGAUGUUGGGCUCUUUCGUUUUGAGGUAGCAUAGUGCCCUCUAGAUGAGCUCUGUCUCAUUUCCUUCUGCUCCUCAAUUCUCUAGCAGAAUAUUGGAGCUCAGAGCAAGGCCCAUUUCACACAGAGUGAUGCCAUCCUUCUUGCUGCUGCCCCAGCCUACACAAAUUUCUGCCUUAGAUCUCCGAGGCACUUGGCAUGGGGGUGAGGGUGCAAUUUCUACUGCAAACCCUGAUCAGCUCGUGCAGACUUGCAGUUAUAGAAUUGGGGUGGUGAAGAAAGCAGUACUGAGUGAGCAUGUUAAGAAUGGAGGAUCACUAGGUUAGUUUACUGUUUGAUUUUUUAACUGAGUUUUUGCUGUCGAAGAGUGGAGAAAACGGAAUUGCUUAACUCUUGCCUGUAAUUCCUCUUUUGGAGAGGUUUGAGACGGUGAGAGGAUCAGAGAUGUCUGGUCUCCCGUGUUGUUUCUUAGGUGGCCCGGAUUACCGACAGUCUCAAAGCCACUGCCCCAAACAAGAGAUAUAUCACUCAUUCCCUUCCUCUGAAGACAUGGUGUAUAUGGUACGUUACACAUGUGAUCAGAGUUUGCGGAUUUUUUCCUACCCUUUCUUUAAAAAUAUUAUUUGUUCUGUGAUAACUCUCAGAGUUGUAAGGGAAGUGAUUUGGAAAAAAAAUUGUUGAAAACCCCCCCCCCCAAACUAUCAAUAAAACAAUUUAAAGCAUGCAUGCUUUACAUAUGAAAUAUCCCCUAUGCUCUUGAAUAUUUUUCUUACACAUAAUACUCAUUUCCAAAUGAAUGUAAUAAUAUUGAUCACAAUGGAUCAAUUUAAAAAUCAUGACUAAAAAGGCUAAUGUCCUUAUUCUCUCAUUUAGUCUCUCGCCACUUCCCCAGUGCCUACAGAAAGUUCAUGUCGCUCACAUCCUUCCAAAACUCAGUUCAUCCGUCCAUCCUUUUUAGCUAUCAUCCAGUAUCUCUCCUCCUUUUGGUGGCUAAACUCAUUGAGAAGGUUGUCUACAGUCCAUGGCUUCCAUCCGUAUAAUUCAAAUUCUCUCCCAAAGGUCUCAGGGAUCUUUUAAUUGCUACAAUAAAGUUGUUUUUCCUUCAUCCUCAGCUUUCUUGACCUCUCCACAGCUUUGGACAUUGCUUGUCGUCUUCUUCCUGAUACUCUCUUCUCCACUGGUUUUCAUGACAUUGCUCCAUCCUGGUUCCCCUCCUACCUGUCUGAUCACUGUCACUUAGCCUCCCCUGCUCUCUCUCCUGACCUCCAGUAUUGCAUCUCUGGCUGCAUAAUGGACGGCUUAAACUCGGCACGUCCCUUAACUGUUCUCUCUCAUGACCAUUCUCCCAGUCAACACAGUUCCCAACUGAGCUGCCAUCCAUGACUCCUCAGUCAUUUUCCUAUCAGAUUUGUCUGCCUGGGUCUACUAAUUUUAUUGUGUAAGAGUCGUUCCCCUUGGCCCCCUCUCUCCUCCACCACUGCUUCCCUCCUCACUUCACGGGCACUACUGCCUUUUGGUUGGCCUCCAGUCUUUCUCCACUGCAGUCCAUCCCCCACUCAGCUUUCGAGGCCAUCUUCCCAGAAUACAGUUCUGCCCACAUCACCUGCUUGUUCAACAAACUGCUUUUUCCAGGAUUACGUCUCAACUCCUCGACUGGCUUUUAAGGACGUGCACAAACCGAAUCCUUCUGCCUUUCUACCUCGAGUCCCCUCCAUGGGCUCUGCCGUCCAGCAUUUAGCAGAUGCCUGGCACCUAUCGGGCCCUUGCUGCCGGAGGGCUUCCCACUGGCCUCCUUGCCGGUUUUCGGGGAAGACAUCCUGUUUCCCAACUCUUUGCAUGUUCCCUGGUUGUCCUCUGUGCCCGGAAUAUUCUGCUUCCUCACUCUGUCCUCCUGGCUCCCUUCAAGUGGCCAAUAAAUAUCAUAUUGUGGAAAA